AUGAGCUCACCGGCGAACUUAUUCCCGGGUCUUAAUGAUAUAGUUGAUGUUUUGGAAGAACUUCCUUUAGAAAUCUCCAGAUACUUCACACUGUUGCAUGAAAUUGAUGCUAAAUGUGUGUUGGCGGGACCAGCAUUAGAUGACAAAAUAAAAGGCUUCUUAGAGAAUGAUCCAACUGAGAAACAAGACGAGAUAGCACAAAAGGAUAAACUUCAAUCAUUGGUUUCUAUCAAUCAGUUUUUAGAAGAGCUAAUGCCAUCCUUCGAAGAAAAAAUGCAUGUAUCCUCAAUAAUGUUGGAAAGUUUGCAGAGAUUAACCUCAAGAAUGGAACUAGCGUAUGAAGUUGCUAUUAAGAACGAGGAAAUACCUUACAGUCUGAGAUUAGGUGUAGAUAAUCAUCCAGCUAUGCAUCUGCACCAUGAACUAAUGCAGAAGGUAGAUCAUAAAGCUAACUCGAAAUCCUCACAAGCACAAAAGAGUGAAUCCAGAAGGGAAGCUAUGGCUGCUAAUAGAAGAACAGAUCCUCAGCAACACCAAUCAACCAAUAAUAACAACAAUUCAGCUAAUGAGAAGUCGAACUCCGUACCUGCUCAUAGCGAUAAUGCGAAUACAAAUAAUAGAAAGCGUGCGAAUAAUGAUAAAAAUAGUGCAAAUGGUAAUGGACACUCUAAUAACGAUAACAAGAAAAGGAAGAGAAAAGUUACUACUACAACGACCCCAUUGGGCUCCCACCCAAAGUCUUCUGGAAACAUAAGGUCUCCAAGACCAAAAACAAACGAAUAUGGCGAGCCAUUGUAUUGUUAUUGUAACCAGGUGGCAUAUGGUGAAAUGGUGGGGUGUGAUGGUGAGGACUGUGAAUUGGAAUGGUUCCAUCUUCCAUGUAUAGGCUUUGAGACUAUACCGAAAGGUAAAUGGUAUUGUGAGGACUGUAAGAAAAAACUGGCACAAUAA